UUUGAAUGUAGGUAGAAAAUCAAACCUAAAAUUAGAAGAACCAUUCUUUCGAGAGUGCAACUAUCAAGCCAUCGUUUUAAUAUAAAUUUAAACCGUACUGAAGAAAAACAAGCUACAAAGUGCAAUUUAUUAUGAAAACCAUCGACGCGCGGUGUCGACUAGAGUUGGAGGUUCAUAUUGGGUGAGGUGAUUUAUUGGCUCUUCCCAGAAGUGUUGGUCUAUAGGAAGCAUGAGGCAAAAAAUUGGUGCAAUAAAAAUAGUAGCAAAAAUUGUCGAACCACUGCUGGACGGAAUUGUGUGUGGAAUCGAGUUGUGGGCUUUUUGAAGCGGCAAACAUCAGUGCAAACACCGCCGGGGUGGAUAAAUUGUGUGUAAUGUAAUUUAUCUACUGAUCGAAGUUCGAAGUUUUGUUUUUCCUGCAAAUCCAACGGACAAGCUCGAUUUUGGAUCAACUCGGCCCGGGCAGUAACGUGGAUUAACAACGAUGGGAUUAUUUGGAUGGAUCAAAAAGGACCUGAGCGUGCAUCGACGCCGAGAAAGUGCCCCACCUCUCACCCAGAACAUAUCGGCGUCGGCGUCGUCUUCGGGCGUGGCCAGCUCGUUACGUGAUGAAUCGUACCUGGAGAAACUGAACAAGUUCAACGAGUUCCGCAACCAGCAACGGCUCGAGCGGAUCGCCGAAGGUGUUGCCCUGGAACCGACGACGUCGCCUGGCCGUCGAGGUAGGAUUCCCAGCGUGAUCGAGGAGGAAAGUGACGGCCUAACGGGAGGUACGCUCAGUGAUAUCAGCUCGGACGUCGAGGUCAGCUGCGAGGAACGGAAGGCUUUACUCAAAAAGUUUGAGGCUCCGAAGAGUCCGAGAUACACGCGACAUCGGUCGGACGGGGUAGCUCCGAGGAAGCCCAAGCGAUCUGUAGAGUUUUACAGAAACAUUAACCGAAUUCCGGAGAGCGGUGAACACAGCUUGAACAACGGCAAGAAUAGCAAUGUCUCCGAGAGGUUCUCGAUGCCGACGAUGUUGCCCUCGGGGAUAGCCAAGAGAAACAAAACACGGUUUUCGAAACCCAACAACUCCAUUUACGAGAACGAAGUGGAAGAGUUUGAAAAUCAGCACGUGAGAGAUACUCUGGGAGAUACGUACGCAGUGCAGAGUCCACCCAGUCGGUUCUACAAGAAAAACUCCAGUCCGUAUGUGAAACCUGCCGUCCCAUGCCGAGUCGCACCAGCGGUCGUCGAUACCACACCAAAGAAGCAGGUCAAUUUACUGCAGAAAUCAUCGCGCCCCAAGAGCUUCAAAGACAAGCCAGCUCCUCCACCACCGCUCCCAAUGACGGAGCCACCGAAACUGCAGAACCACAUGAACGAAAGUAGUUCCGAUGCACAGUUCGCAGGAUCUUACAAGGGGUUCGAGCUUAACGCGUCCUCAAUCUAUGACGAGCACGUGAUUUCUUCACGUGGAUACCGCGGCAACAUGACGACGACCAACGCAACCAGCUCAUCUGCAAAAGAACGUCGAAAGUCACCCUUCUACCAAACCAUCGUCAACAAACACGGCGAUCUGGUGGACUACGCGCUCCCGUUCAGUGACACCCAAUCCGAGCAAAACUCGUCCAAAAACGGCACCCUGAUCAACGACAUUCGCGCCUGCGAAGAAGUCAUCAACGAGAACUUCGACUUCCUGAACAGCAACGUCCACCCGACGUCCACGGUCCUCAUCGACGACUGCACCAGCAUGAUCAACGAACCGAUAAGCGUCCUCAAGCAACGCGCCCCCCACAUCGUAACCGAUCUCGAUCGCUCCCUCCAAAGCAAAAACGAACCCACGGACGAAGUCGACCUGGUAAUCCACGAACCCAACGACAUCCUGCUCGAACUGGACUCGCUGGAAAAGUGGAGCAAAAGCAUCCAGCUAUCCGACGACUUCCUGCAGAAACAAUUCGCCGAAAAGAGCAUGCUCGAACACUUUCAGCGCGCGUCCAGCGCCCUCCUCAUCUGCUGGCCCAAAGACGUCCACUACCGGGUCGGGUCGCUGCGCAGCCCCUUCCUGGCCCCGCUCGAGUACUCGUGCGGCCUGUUCCGCAACGCGCCCGUUACGCUGCGCAAGUACUCGCUGAACGUGGAGCGCAGCCUGUACUUUGCCGAGGAGGGCUGCAAGAAGGACUUUGAACUGCUGAACCAAAUCAAACACUACGCGAUCGCGUCCCUGAUGGCCGUUUGCUACGACCCCGGGCUGAACCAGGCCACGCUGGUGCUGGAGCCGUUCGACUUUACGCUCUUCGACUACAUUCACAAGAUGAACAAACGUCUGUCGCUGUUCCACGCGAUCACCGUCAUCCAGCAGAUUGCAUCGGCCGUCGCUUACCUGCAAGAGUGCGGCUACAUCCACUCCAACAUCUCCAGCGGCACGGUCCUGAUGCGCCGCUACCCGUACGCCGUCAAGCUGACCUCGUUCGAGCUGGCCACCGAGGUCGCGGACACGGUCCGCAAGGACAUCGAGAACCGCUACGGCAGCACGUCCUCCUCGCGCAACUCCAUGACCUCGUCCCAGAACGAGGAGCUCAAGAAGAUCACCACGUACUCGCGGCUGAUCAAGAACGACGAGCAGUUCAUGCGCGACAAGUACCGCAAGCGGUCGAAGGAGGUGUCCGAGUGCCGCCGAAGGUCGGCGCGAUUGACGCUGGGUGAUGGUAGCGCGUACGAUCUGCAAGCCAGUCGGUACCUGCCGUACUGCAAGGAAUAUCGGGAAAAGUUUUCGCUUUUCUACUAUGUGGCUCCGGAGUUGCUGGUUCCGAAGGCGAACUUUGUCUUUCCAACGGUGGCGACCGACGUGUACUCGCUGACGCUGCUGCUUUGGGAGAUUUUGAACGGGUACGUUCCGUUUGUGGUUUACAGCAGACAGGAGCUGGAGAAGCUGCACGUGUCGGCGGCGCUGUUACAGCUGCCGAUGUUUGAGAAGGAGCGGUGCGAUCACUUCCGGAAGGUGUUCGAGACUGGGCUAGCUGAUUUGAGCGGGCGGAAGUUGACGGUGGCUGAUAUUUUGGAUACGGUGGAUUGUUUGCUGUUGGAACAGGACUCGGAGAAGCAGACACGGUUGAAUGGGUUUUCGGAUGAUUAUGAGGAACGGAUGGACAAUUCGGAGGUUAGGAAGAAGAAUGAGCUGAACGAUGUUCGGAAGCAGAGCGCAAUGGAGAAGACGGACAAGAAGUACUUCCAAUCGAGUGAUGGUUACGUCAACGCGGAAAGCAUAGCGAGAGCGAAGCAGCGGCCGGUGAAACCGGCGCGCAAGAUCAACAAGCCGAAAGUGGAGAAGGAAGACACGAAGAAGUCCCCGUUGGGAUCGAGCUUUAACCUGUCCAACUCGGCGCUGUACCAGUCGAUCUUUGACUUUAACAACAAGUUCCUAUCGCCGCGAUCGUCCAAGCCAAUCUACGAGCGAACCAGCACGGUCAAGAAGCACAAGAAGCCGGCAAGGGCCGGUAAGAAGGCGAUCAAGGAGUUGUUUGAGCCAACUGCGCAGACUGACAGCAGAAACGGAAGCUUCCACAUUUUAAGCGACGACGUCGCCAAGCAUGCGGUGGGAAAAACUCAGGAGGUCAUUGGUCCACUGGAAGUGUACUGCAAAGAGAGUCCUGCCAAAAUGAACAUCAACAAUGAAAAGGCAAAGUUCUUCAAGGAAACGCUUCUGGACAAGGAUAGUAGCGCGUACGAUCGCACGAACGAGGCUCCCCAGAGUGUCACGUCCAAGUCGUGCGAUAGUUCGCCAGGUACCCGAAGAAAGUCCGUCUACCCGUCCAAGCUGUCCAACUCGAUGCGGUUCACGAUCGGGGACAUUACACUGCCGGACACGCCGAUCGCGAGGAAGAACAAAAUCCGAAAACACGCGUGGCUAUCCGACCAGAAGCUGGGCAUGUCCGAGGGUAACACUUCGACACCGGUGACGCCCCAGGGACGACGCUUGUGCUCGUUCUUCAACGAUUUGGACUCGCGCCGAGCGGGUCGAUCGCAGGGCGAAUUCUGCACUCCGCUGAAUUUGAACAUAUCUUCGUCGAUGCAGGAGAUCAAACCGAAGAAGAUCAACAUCAGCGUGAACAUCAUCAAAAGCUCGGACGUGGGCAGUCAGCUGAAGGCGUGCAGUGAGGACUUUAGCAAGACGAGUCCAGCCAUCGUGGACAUCGACCUUGAUGAUCCGGCGGUGGGGGAGUGCGGCACCCAAAAAGCGGAAUCUGCGGGCAACAUUUUCGAAGACACGCUUUGGAAAAAGGAGAAGGAACUGUGUGAACGAUCGCAGCACCGACGAUCGACCAACGAUCUUGACGAGGCGGACAAAUCGGCCUCGGUGAUAACGGCCCACUUGACGUCGGUUCGCGACACGGUCCGAAAGAUCGAAACCACCUUCGCGAACACCGGCUUUGACUACAGUCCUGGCCGUAAGUCGAUCGGGGAUAGCGCUAAGAAGGUUGAGGUAGAGAAGAAAAUCUCGGAGGAGUCGGUGGUGGUUGAGGAGAACUUGCUGAUCCCCACCAAGGUUCUUGAGCUGGAGAAGACGAUCGAGCAGUGCGCGCCGGUGGAAGUCGAACCAAAACCUUCGGUAAGCCAUCUGGACGUGGUUCUGACCAACAAUACGCAGAAAAAGAAGGAAGAACUGCUGCAACAUCAGCAGCACCCGGAGACGCCGCUGUUCAACCCAAAUUCCCAACUGUUCAUCCGUCGCAAAGCGACCAACGGCACGUCCAGCAGCGUCAUUCAGCGUACCGUGUACCGGGAAAGCAUCGUGUCCAGCACCGAUCUACCCGGGCUGGACAAACUCAACAGUCCGACGCAGGCGCAGCCGGGAAGUGCUCGCAAGACCAAGCUGACGACCCGCGUCACGGUCAACAUGCGGAAGAUCUCGCGACGUGCCUCGGAUAUCGGCACCAGCCCGGCCCCCUCACGACCAAGCUCGUUCAUCGUGGAGGACGAGUUCGCGCAACCACCGUCGGGUUGUGUGACGCCCACGAAUGGACCGACAGCGGCUCCCUUCCGCCACUCCUGUGGCAACGACCUGCUGAAGGCGAUCGCGGCGGUACGAAGUUCCAGCGUCAACGAGAGCCGGCCCACGUCCUCAGUCGCCGGCGAUCGCCGGAGUAUGUGCACCCCGGUGAAGAGUGGACCACGGGGCGACCGGUUCGUGUGCUGCAACUGUGGAAGCUCGAUGGUGCCAGCGGACAGUCUGAAUGUGCCCUCCGGGAGUCGCAUCGGCAUGUCGGCCGCAUUUAGUGAGUUAAAUUUUCCGCGCGAAAGUUUACCCUCAAUGUUCGACGAAAAUCUGGGCUUUAUCCACAUUCCGGGGACGCCAUCCUCGCGGCAGACGCUGAUGCCACCGAACGCCCGCUCAACCGAGGAUCUGUACAUUGACGACGACUUUGGCCCGGGGCAGCUGCAGCUGGGGGCCAACAUGGAACUGCUGGUCGAUGACGCGCACUAUUUGGACGAGUUCGAUUACGAUGUGUACACGGAGGAGACGAUCUACGACACGGAAGAGGACGACGUCAAGGUGGGCGAGCUGCAGGGUCCGGACGAGGAGCAGCUGUUUGUGAGCAAGUGCGCCGACCUGAAUCCGACCAGCAUGGACGGAGCGGUGUUUGCGACGAUGCGGCCAACCGUUGACGGUGACGAACGGAAGUGAAUCCAUUUUUUUAUCGCGAGUGAUUAUAUUUUAUAGAAGAAAUUUACAAGUGAUUUUGUGAGUGAAUGUAUAUAUUUAUACAGGAGAGUAUUUAACAAACUGAAUUUAACAAUUAACGGACAAACAGUAUUUAGAGACUAUCGAGGUCAAAGACACACUUAGGACGAUUCAGCUGAAAUAAAUCAUGGUGAUACAAAUGUUAACAACAUAAAUAAACACUUUCAAAAUUCCGCA